AUGGGGGUGCGCCUUGCAUUGCUGGCGCCUGUUGUGCUCAUCUGGGGCCUGAUUGAAGAACCAGUACCAGACUAUCGCGUAAACAGUGUGCAUUGUGUGCGCGGGGCGCAGGUGGAGAGCGGGCGGUACUCGGGGCGCGGCGACUUCGCGGUGGUGGUGCAGCCCUUCAUGCGGCUGUUCAACCUGCCCCCCGCCGCGCGCCCGCCCCUCGCGCGCGUCAUCCACCAGUCCUACAUCACGCACGACUGCUUCCACUUCUCGCAGAAGGGGCACGCGCUCGCGGCGAAUCUUCUGUGGAACAAUCUCCUAGAGCCAGUGGGCAACAAGUCGUCUAACGCGCGGCCAGUGCUCAUGGACUCAUUCCGGUGUCCGACGAGAAACGCACCGUUCAUUUUCACUGAACAAAACUCGAAGAAAUACUUAGAGACUGGUGUCCAAGACGGAGCUUAUGACACGUCGGAGAGGGUCAAUCGCAGGCAGGAUAUCGUGUAUAGGAUGGCAGCGGAAGAUAGAAAACCAAAGGUCGCAUCCUAA